AAUUCCCGGUAAGUCUAUUUGUUUUACAUUUUUAAUCCGCACUCUAAAAAAUCGGUCGCAUAUCCGUCGCGCGCUGAUCGCAGUAGGUAUAUGGUCCACGCAAGAAGCCCAUUGCGCGAACAGCGUGCGUUCGGCGGCGGUGACGCAAGCCGUUUUGGUAAAAGACGACGCCUUAUAUUGCGCUCCGUAGCGGCACAUGUAGCAGCAGCAGCAGCGCAGGAGAGGAGUUAGUGUUGGGUGCCAGGGGCGUUCGGAGCAGUGGUUAGUCACUCCCAACCUGCAGCAUUCAAAUCCGGAACUUCCCGGCGGCCUCCAUCACCACCACCAUCAUCAUCACCACCAUCAUCAUCAUCUCUCACUCUCGCUCUCUAUAUAUAUCAUCGAUAGCAUUUGUACAGCGGGGUCUCGUAACCGCGAGCUCAGAUGCGGAUUGCCGUGUCAACUCGAUUCGUAGAGACGCGUGAACGGUGUGCUGCAGUGGUAAAUCUACCGCGAGGAAGCGUUCCAUAAAUCAAAACAAAGGCAGAGGAGGAGGAGGAGGGGGGUGGUGGUUUUGAUAUAUGCGAAGUGGUAGUCCAUUGCGCAUGGACGAGCAUUUCAGUAAUUAUAGCUCUACCUGGCUGGUGAAACUCAAACCCCCGACCAAUCCUUGUUGCCGAUAGCCGCGGCAAACGCGAUCAAACAGCGUCGUUCGAACUCAACGAUGCGCUUGGAUUCUUGAAGGCUGCGCCGCCGAAGGAGUCCGCAGUUUCGCUAUGGAUGUACUCAAGGCCGCUGCGGUGCUCCUCUGCUACGUCGCCUGCCUCUUGGAGCCGGACCUGGUUCGCGUGGAAGCGGCGGCGCUCAGCUCUCGCCACCGCUUGACCUCGCAGGCGAAAGGCGCCGAGUCGGCGUCCAGGUCGGCGCCGGGUGCUCGCAAGGUGUCCGUGGGAACGGCUCAUCAUCAUCAUCACCAUCAUCAACACCAUCACAGCCAGCAGCAGCAGCAACAACACCGCGCCGGAGCAACGGCAGGAACUGGGGCUCAUCAUGACCACGAGUUCCGCUGGAGUGGUCACAAUGUGUCGGUGGUACCGCACGAGUACAUGCUGUCCCUGUACAAAACACUGUCGGUCGCCUCCGCAGGCAAGGACAUCAGUGCGAACACUAUCACCAGCUUCGUCGACAGAGGAGAAGAUGGGAGCUCGGUACGUAGGCAGAGGUAUUCCUUUGAUCUUACAACGCUGUCCCGACAGGACGACCUGAUUAGCUCUGAGUUCCGAGUCCUCCGGAGAGCGCCCGAGGAGCCCCAGAGAACCUCCCGCUUGGGUAACCUCGUGUCCCUCAAGCUCUUCCUGUGCCCAACCACCUCCCGUGCACGUGAGCUGCUGCUCGACUCUCGCGCCGUCGACCUCCUCGACAAGAAGCUGCCCAGCUGGGAGGUGUUCGACGUGAAGGCCGCCGUGGAGAGAGUGUAUAACGACACGUCCGUCACGUCGCUCUGCCUCGACCUGGAGGUGUCUUCGGAGAACUCGCGGAUCGUCAUGGAGGGGCGCUACGUCGGCUUUUCCCGGAAGGGGCGACGGCCUCAGGAGAAGGCGCUCAUGGUCAUCUCCAGCCGGGCACACAAGCGGGGCAACCUCUUCAACGAGAUCAUCGACAAAGGGAAGGCUUCCCACGGCGGAGGAGACGGCGAUUCGCACGAGAAAAUCAGAGGAGCUGUGGACGUCGUGGGCAGAACUCGAAAGAAAGACGAAAGCGAAGAAGUGUCCCUAAAAUCUGGACAUCGUCAUCAGUUAAAUAAGAAGAUUGGCGGCAGAGCGGACAGUGAUCAAGCUAAAGGCCGGGCGCCAAAGCAAAGCGGGGGCAAGGCUGGGUCACUGUCCCGCGGCAAAGCUUCCCAGAAAUUACGUAAAGGGGAAAUUGAUCCAGCUGACUCUGAUCCACAGUACCGCAGAAAAAGGACACCCCUGGCCAAUCGUCCUGGCGGCAAGGGACAUAACAAGAAAUCAAAGUCUCGGUGCAGUAAGAAGCCGCUGCACGUUAACUUCAAGGAGCUGGGCUGGGACGAUUGGAUCAUCGCUCCGCUAGAUUACGAAGCGUAUCACUGUGAGGGCGUUUGCGAUUUCCCCCUGCGCUCCCACCUCGAGCCCACAAACCACGCGAUCAUCCAAACGCUGAUGAACUCCAUGAAUCCCGACUCGACGCCACCCAGCUGUUGCGUGCCGACCAAGCUGAGCCCCAUCAGCAUACUCUACAUUGACUCGGGCAACAACGUUGUCUACAAGCAGUACGAGGACAUGGUCGUGGAGUCUUGCGGUUGCAGGUAGCCCGAAAGAAACCAUUGGAAGAGCCAGCAGACUCCAGUGACGGACAGUAACUUGACGUCACACGUUUGCGCGUAAUCUGUUUUGUGGAAGGAAAGGCAGCUUCUGUUAUGGUUCACCACACACCAGCUCCAGUCAUGUCAUCAAACGACUGAAAUUUAAAAGGAUAAGACAUUCUUGAAGUGUGGUGGUAUCCUACAGCAAGUAUGUUGGGUUCAUUUGCUGUGGAUACUGUAGCACUAAGGGUAGCUACUGACAGACAUUGAUGUAUAUUUGAUAAACGGAGCUCACUUAAAAGUCUGUGCGUAGGCAAACUUUUUUUUUUAACUAUUGACAAAAAACGCAACUCGACGCACCCAUUGCAAGGAAAACCCGCCCGCUUGGAAGGAAAGUGACAAACGACCGACGAAAAAAACGUAAAGCAUCGCGCUUCCACGUGCUGCUUGCACAGAUGAUUUUCCAAUUGUGGAAAUAUUUUAUGGAAAGAAAAAGGACCGUCCGUCUGUCCCCCCCCCCGCUCCCCGAAAUUCGCGGAAGGAGUUAAACGUCGUGCGCGCGGUUCUUUCUUACAGCCACCUGUUUAAACAGUGGACCUACUUUAUUGAGACGGGACCAUUGGCAAAGAGCAAAUGCUGCGGAGAUAAGGCUGGCAUUGCCUAUGCGGAGUCCCUUGGAGGACAGCAGCUGCUGAGGACAAGAGGGGGGUGGGGGAGUUGGGCUGGCUGGCACGCCAUGCCUUACGAGCAAGCCUAAAUACUGUUUAACUUUGUUUAUAGCCUGGAGCCAUGGCAUGUAAUUAUCUGUCUGUAAAGAGAGCAAGAGGAGGGGGAGCCUUGCGUGCAUCUCCGCUCAGUUGGCAGAGAGAGAGAGAGAAAAAAAAUUGUGGGUAAUUUUAUUAUUUUGUUCGGGUGGGUUGGUGAUUGUGCACACUGGGAAGACUGGACAAUGAGCUCAGUGAAUGGACCCUCAACAUUUGCCAAGGAAUAAAUGUUUGAUUGCUAGUGGCAAUUGCCACAACGUAGCCUGUGUUUCACGAAGAAAAAUCUUGUUUUGAAAAAAAUAAACAACCCCUGCGUUAUGUUUUUUGCAGGCUGCAACACAGCACAUGACCCAGCGGUGUCUGACUGCGGUUAUAUGUUUUUAACAUUAAACUACACUGAAAAAAAAAAACAAUGGAUCUGGUUGAAAAUAAAUCUUACCUUGCUUUAACAACAACAAAAAAUCACACAGAACGCAAAUUUAAAAGUUGACUUCCAGUUGUCCAGUACGAUAGCAAUAAUAAGUGUCCGUAGAUUUUUAUUUUUUACAAACAUUACAGUAACUGUAUAAAACACAGCAAGAUUAAAAAAAAAACUGCCGGUACACUUAAAACUAGAUGGAAGGCCCUCUCUUUUGAACACUUUACAACACACCGUAUAAUAGCGAAUCUCAUCAGCAAGUGCAAAUAUUUUGAGCGCCUCCAGAAUUUGCCCACGUUUUGUGGGCCUCCGGCUGAUGUGUUUCGUUAUGUUACAGCUAACUGUAGAGUGGACCUAAAGACGUCUCUGUGUGUUUUAUCAGUGCAUUAGAAACACGCGAUGUUAUAAACAGUGUUUAUAUAUUGUCGACAUAUAGAAACUAUUACUUUAAUACAUGCAAUUGUUUCUCUUUGCUGUUAUAGACUAUUUAUUUUCUGUUUAUAACAAUAUAACUUUUUUUGUUGUUGUUGCUGUUGUUGUUGUGCUGGAAUGGUAACAAAUGUAGAAGAUAAAAUAAUAAGGUGGGCAGAGACAAAAAAAAACACAAUCAGUCCGUAAAAUAUAAUUUAAUAAAUGGCUCAAUUCUGGGCUGUAAUGUAGACAAAAUGCACAUGUAAUUUGAUUUAAUGCACUGUUUCAUGUUUGUCCUUUGAGUUGUACAUACUGUGGAUUUCUGUGGAUUGACAUGUAUUAUGCUUUAUGUAAUAGAGGUGGCCAUUUAUAUUGUUUUUUUCCCAGAAUGCGUUUUGUAUACAUGGUAUAUUACAUUCCUUUUUUUAAAAUGCACUCGUAUAAUUUUAAUUGACGUAUCACAAAGCUACACGGACUCCACAUGCCACGAUGCAGACCAAUGCACACUCACAAGGCAACAUCUUUUUAGACAAUACUCACCUGAAGCUCUUCAUGCUCAACGAAUGGAAACAAAAACCAACUGUACAACAAAAAUAAACAGUCUUGUGAUUUCUUA